AUGUCCGACUCACCAACGUCCUCCUCGUCCUCCUCGACUUUUAUCCCCCGUCUACCUACCCCACCAUCACCAAUCCCAUCGUCCUCGCAUCUACGACCCUCACGUCCAAGAGGUGCAUCGACCAAUACCGCGCGAUCGUACUCUCACAGCUCGACGAGGGAUCUGAGCGAUUGGGAGAUCGAAGAGCUAGAGGAGAUACAUAGGGCAGGAGGGAGGGGUAGGAAGAGGAAUGAACCUACUUCACCGCUCAAGGCUGUUUUAUACGUAGUUUCGCUCUACUUGAUCUUCCAGAUCCUGACCCGUUCAGAUGACCUCGACAUCUUCCCUUCCUCAAACCCCACCACCUCAUCCAUCCGACAAUCCCACUCACCACCUUCCUCGAUGGAAGUCCCCUCCUAUCCUCAUUUACCAUACGGUUUCCCUCCUAUUCCCAAUCCCAUCCCAUCUGCCCUCCCACCACAACCAGGGACAAGCUGGUGGCGACUGUUCUUCGGCGUACUACUCUAUCCCGUCUACUUGCUCGCUACUAUCCUUACCACGCCGUUACCACUUCUUCUCAAUCUCUUAUACCUCCUCAAAGAGCUGCUCAAAAUCAUAUUGUAUCCUAUACUUGUCGUACUCUACACGCUAUACGGGACGUUCAUCUCUGCCCCUCUAGGCGUGGUGCGAAGAGUGCUAGAAGCUUUUUACCCCUUGAUGGUAUUUAUAGGUGGAUUGGUAGGAGUUGGGUGUACCCUUGGUUUGGGUGCGGGGUGGAUAGGAAGGUGGGUAUUGGAUUGUAUACUCAACUGGAAGAACAGACGACAAGCCGAAUCUAAACUAAGAAGAAGGGAGAAGAUGGAAAGGGAUAGGGAUAUGAAGGAUCUAAGGAGAAUCAGAGAAGCUGAGAUUGAUUUUGAACUAGAGAGAUUACAUGAUAGAUUUAUACCUAAGACUCCCACUUCCACGAGUCAUAGUCACAGCUCAAAAGCAAGGAUGAUUAGUUCUGUUGGUGGGAGAAGACCGGUAUUGAAUCUGAAUAUUGGUACGACGAAUAUAAGAGGUACGAAGAAAGAUGAGAGGAGACAACAGGAAUUACAAUCACAACGAAGGAAAUCAAUCUCGUCUAGUGAAAGUGAAAGGUUGACCACUCCCACGGUCACGUCUAGUGGAAGUGGGAGUGGAAGUCGAGGUGGUGGUAUAGGUACGGGGAAGAGGGAUCGUAGGAUUGAGACGUUCGAUACGACUUAUACGACUAGUACAGGUACUGGUACGGGCAAUAGGAAUAGUAAUAAAAAGAAAGAUGGAAGGAGAUUGAGUUUCCAAGAUCAAGAUGAUUUUGAAAGUAUGGGGAUUGGCAGCAGUAGAGAACCUAUGGUCGUUGGUAUCAGAAAGAGGGGUGUGAGAGAGACAUAUACUGUACAUGGGUAG